AUGGCGCUCCCCUUUGCAGCCCCCGCUUCUCUUUCGUCGUCCUUCGCUAUAUCCUACUGCACUCUGGUAGACCUAGACGCACUCGCAGAAGUUUAUUAUGAAGCCUUCAAGGCGAAUCCUGGAAACACCCAUUGGUGGUCACCGAGUCGAGAGUCUAUGAUGGCCUGGAUGCGUCGCAGAAUGACGCCAAAGUUUAGAGACCGUAACAUACGCCACUUUAAAAUCACGGACAUCGAGAGCGGGGAUCUGGUGGCGUGGGCGAGAUGGGAUAUCCCUAAAGAGUCCACGCACUUCGGCGAAUGGUCUGGCGGCGCAGGGGAUGUCUCCAAGAUCGUUGGAACGGAAGAUGUGGCCACUGGGCCGAUCGACCAGGCCGACGAGAUCUCGGCGAGUGCCUCAGCUGUAGAACCGGCACCGGCGCCCGCGGAUUGUCCCGAGGGCGCAGAUCCGGCGGUAUGUCGACGAUUCUUCGACGCUCUAUCCGGUGCUUCGGACAAGUGGUAUACAGAGAACAUGUUAGGACUAUCGUUGAUAUGUACGGCACCAAAGUACCACAGACGGGGCGCAGCCAAGGCAUUAAUUGCUCCCAUGCUGUGUCUUGCGGAUGAAGCUGGCAUCAAGGCUUAUUUGGAAGCUACACCAGAAGGAAAACCUGUGUAUGAGAAAUUGGGUUUCCGCGAAGUAGAUACACUAGACUUUGAUCUUGGAGAGCCCAUCGGCCUCUACCAGCUAUGCGUCAUGGUUAGGGAACCUAUUCUAAGCAAGUAA